GUGACUUUAAUACAUUCGUCACAAUUUGUCAAAGGGAUGAAGGGAAAUAGAAAUUGUAUUUCCUGUGUUCACCGUUUAUACAAAUACAACUAAAUUAUAGUAUUUAAAAAGGAUGGCUUUUGAUUUGGUGGAGAGGUUUCCCAAAGUAACAAAAUAUUACGCGCUCCUUGAUCCCGGACAGUAUCAAUCUAUUUUCGAUGCAAAGCAAAAAGAAAGCGCAGCACCAUUUCUUACAAAAUCACCUCGUGUUAGUCAACAAGGUAACAAAAUCUGGACACACGCUGCAUACAAGCCUAAGAGCGACCAUCAUAUACCAAAUUGUACAUCAAUUCGUUCAAAAGUACCGCGGUUUAAAUAUGAUACAAUCAGUAAAGCGGAGUUAGAUGCAAUUUUAUGUAAUUGUGGUCAAAAUACCUGUGAAUGUUUGCCAAAAAAGGAAGAACCCGAAUCGAAAACUGAAGAACCUAUCCGUCCCCGUAUAUUUAUAGGCGGUUGUCCAAGGGCACAGAGUGACAGUGGUAUAUCCGUACCGUGUAGAAGAGAUCGUGGAUUUCAACUUUUUCCUAAUGGUAGACAGAAACGUAUACUCGAAGAUUUUAAGCCUGGUCCCCCGUUGUAUGAUACUAGAGUGCACGAGUUUACAACUUUUUUCCGUGGAUGCAAAUGGAGCCACUGGACUGCGCGAAGAUCUACCAAAAUUGUAGACGAUGGACCCGGCCCCGCUGCAUAUACCAUAGAACAUGGGCCAACCGAAACAGAGAUGUGUGCGGAAAAAAUCCGUGCAGAAAGAAGAAGAAAAUCAAAACAAUACAGGUACAUUGAGAUGGUCCAACAAAAAAAUUUAAGAGAAAAUCAACCUGGCCCGGCUACUUAUAGUCCAAACCCUCCUAAACAUACAGAAAUGAAGUUCUUAGGAACGAAAGCUGAGAGAUUUCAAACUUCAAAAUACGAAGUUAUUCCUGGACCUAACGCUUAUACAAUUAAACGUAUGUUUGAUCUGCCAGAACCGCCAGAGAAGAAUUGUCAUGCAACCUUACCUCCCUUGGCUCCUUUUGGAUUCAACGCGCCAAGGUUUCAGCGUACCACGCAAAAGGCGCCCGGACCGGCUGACUAUGAAACUACUCGCAAGAUUUGUAAUAUACUAGUUUGCACAAAAGCACCUUUUGGGUCAUUUACAAAACGAUUUCCUAAAACAGAAGAACUGGAUGAAAGAGCCGAGGUAGAAGAUGAAGUAAAAGACGAAGAACAACAAGAAAAAUGUAUUAACUUAAGUUGGAUGUUCAAAUCUAAAGCGAAAAGACUAUCCCGUCUGGAGAAGAACUUAUGUGCACCAAGUCCUGCAGAUGUACCUAUGACAAUGUAUGACAAAAAAAGGUCUUUGCCGUUGCAAAAAUCAGCACCGUUCUAUACAUCGACCGAACGUUUUCAACCUUGGUACAACUGGGUACCAAUACAGAAUUUGUUUAAAACCCCCGGACCUGCUCAGUAUAGACUGGAUAAACCGUCAUGUACACCCGCUGUAGUACGAGGACCUUUAUAUCGGUCCAAACGUUUCGAAUAUUCAAUUUCCAAAACACCUGCAAGUAACAACUAUAGUAUAGGAGGCGGAGUGGAGACAGUGUUACAUACAAGCAGUGUGAGAGUUAAAGAUAAUAUUAAGAAAAGACGCAGAUUCCGUUGGAAAGCUUUGAAACAAAAGAGUAAAUUAAGUGAUAAAGAAAAAGAAGCACUUUUAUUAAACAAUUGUAUAGCUUUGCUGAAUGUUGACCCUUUUAGUGAUAAAGUGUCCAGUUCGGGUAAAUCUUAUUCUACAACACCCGAAAAAAGAAAUAAUAAACUAUUACACUGCUUUUUGUACCGACAUGCAGUACCUAAUUAUUUUUAGAUUUUUAUCUGAUGAGAUUUGGCACAACCACAGCACGAUUGGCAGCCAGGGCAGCAGCAGUGACGCACGAUUUUUAAUAUCAUAUAGUUACAUCGUAUUUUAUUAACAAUAUCCACUGGAAGCGGUUUGGCGCAAAACAGCCUUUUAUCAUCCUUUUUACACAAUAUUUAGGAAACCUCAAGUUGAAGUUCCAAGUACAAAAUUAAGUUUGAGUAAAACUUCAAUGAAAAUAGAUUACCUUUUAUUUUUUAAUGGCCAGCAGUUAAUUUCCCUUCUUGGUUGGCGAAUACAUUUAAUUUCCAAUAUUACAGUAAAAAGAAAUCCAUCGUAGUCCACAUUAAAGUGUUUUAUAUUGUAUCUUUUCACAUUUUAUACAAAUUUACAAUAACAUGACAUUAAAACUA